GACCGCGCCCCUUUUAGGGAACGCGCACGGCAGCCUACCACCUUCCUGCUGUCACUGUGCACAGACAUGGCUGCUCUCAGCAAAAUACCGCAUAACUGCUACGAAAUCGGCCACACUUGGAGCCCGUCGUGUGUGCAGUCUGCUGCCGAUGUGACUAGGAGUGCUCUGGAGGUGUCCUUUAAAAUAUACGCGCCUCUUUACCUGAUAGCAGCAGUUCUAAGGAGAAGGAAGAAGGAUUACUACUUAAAAAGGCUUAUCCCAGAGAUCUUUUGGUCUACCUCUUUCCUGACUACCAAUGGGGGUCUCUUCAUCGUUUUCUUCUGCAUUCUCAGGAGACUUUUGGGAGGCUUCUACUCCUGGUCUGUUGGGUUUGGCUCAGCACUGCCAGCCUCUUAUAUUGCCAUCCUGCUGGAGCGCAAGAGCAGGAGAGGGCUGCUGACAAUAUACAUGGCAAAUCUUGCCACUGAGACUUUGUUUCGCAUGGCAGUGACACGAGGUGUCGUCAAACCCAUUAAACAUGGCGAGGUGCUGUUGUUCUGCAUUACUUCAUCACUCUUUAUGUUCUUCUUCAGAAGUAAAGAUGGUCUCAAAGGCUUUGCAUUCUCCGCAUUGAAAUUCAUCAUUGGGAAAGAAGAGAUCCCAACACACUCUGUGCUGGCUGAUGAUUCACAGCCAUCAGCAGAAAGGCCUGACUCUAGAAGAAAGACUCUUCUAUCCUCCACCAGGAAACUGCUCGAAUCGAUAUGCAAACGGGGACCAAGACACAGAUGUUGCAAACAUUAUAAUGACAACUGCAUAUCCUACUGUGUCAAAGGUUUUGUCAGGAUGUUCAGUGUUGGCUACGUGAUUCAGUGUUUACUUAAAGUGCCAUCAGCAUUCAGACAGAUGUUUUCGAAACCCUCCCGGCUUCCCUCCCUCUUCUACAACAAAGAGAACUUCCAACUCGGGGUUUUUCUAGGCUCCUUCGUCAGUAUCUAUAAGGGAACAAGCUGCUUGCUGCGCUGGAUGCGUAACAUUGAUGAUGAACUCCAUGCGCUUAUAGCUGGCUUCCUGGCUGGAGUUUCAAUGUUCUUCUACAAAAGCACAACAAUAUCCAUGUAUCUCUUUUCUAAGCUGGUGGAGACUAUCUACUUCAAGGGCAUUGAGGCUGGCCGGUUGCCUUACAUUCCACAUGCAGACACAAUCAUAUAUGCCAUCUCCACUGCGAUCUGCUUCCAUGCUGCUGUGAUGGAAGUGCAGAACCUCAGGCCAACUUACUGGAAGUUCCUGCUGCGUUUAACCCAGGGCAGGUUUGCUCUGAUGAACCGACAGGUGCUAGACAUGUUUGGGACUCAGGCUUCCAGAGACUUUAAAGGCUUUGUGCCCAAACUGGACCCCCGUUACACCACGGUGCCCAGCAAGACAGUGCUUCUACCGGGAGGUGACAUCCAACUUGGAUGAUUUGGGACCAACAGAUUGACUUUGGUUACCUCAACAUGAAACUAACAGCCUGGUUGUUCUCUCUGAGGAACUUAAGGGUAUUUUGUUUUUCUUUUAAAGGUGUGAUGCUGCAGAAGUAGUGAUGUGUUAUGAAAAAGAUAUGCUUUGGAUUGCACCCAAGUUCAAAACAGGGUUUCUUGAGGGUUAAUUGUUGAGCUGUAGAAGCUCACUUACUGACAAAGACUGAACUUUACAGGUCACUUGUUUGAAAAAAGUGAAACGUACAAUUUCAUUUUAGCUCUGUCAUUUUUGUCAAAAUUGACAUGGACAUUAAUAAAAAGAUUUGUUAGUCCUAAUGAAAAUGAAAAACAACGUAAAUGAUCUGAAUGAACAACAGAUUUUGCUAGAUUGUCAGUUUGUAUUUGACACGACGUAGUGAUCGAACAGCUGGGACAGUUCCUUCAAUAACAAAAUGCUUUUGAAAAUAAAAAUGAUUGGGUGUGUUUCAACCACAUUCUUUUUAUCCUUUAAACACAAUCUGGAUUUUUGGCAAGUUACCUUUCAGUUUGCUCUGAUUUUUGUGCUGUUUGAGUGGUUGUAUUCACAGAGAUUAAACCUCACAACUCCUGUUGGAGUAGCCACAACGAUGUGUUUUGACACUGAUUUAAAAGCAGGAAGAACGUGGGAAGAAUUUUACACCCUGAUCUUUUCUGAAUGUGUGUUUAAAGGCAGGGAGACAUAUAAUAAUGUAGCCUUAUUCAAUCAGUUAUCCAUAGUAGCAGUGGGAGUUUUAUGUAGAUCCUCCAAUACAAAACACAGAGGUACCAUUUUAGCCAGAUGGUUAAACUACAGUAGAUAGUAUUUAUUUCAAUUAAUUUAUCCACCUUAAGAGAUACUUGGCAAUUUUAGGAGUUAUUUGUGGUCAAAUUGAUGUAGUAAUAAAUCUCACUGCAAUUGACAUUUACUAAAAGUCACAGGUGGAAAAUAAAUCCAUUCACACUGACAGCGUUAAUUGACGCUGAGUAAGUUCACUUGUGAAUUGCACUGAGACUCUUUGCUUGCACGUAAGAAACCAAAUUAUUAGUUCAGUUGUUGUAGGGAGGGAAAUGAACACAUGCAGUGUGAUCACUUUAAACUUGUUUGGAAUGUGCAAAUUGUCUAUGAACACACCUCUGCCUCAUAUUUUAAAAGGUGGGGUUAUUUAAAUGUAUUGAAUGUUACAUGUAAUUAUGCUACAGUCUAAAGAGAUUAUUUGUUCAGUGCACUGACUAUUGCAGUUAGCUUUGCAGUGAUUGUAAGUUUGACUCGGUUUAAUAAGUUUGGGUACUUGGAUUUACAUCCUCAGGCUCUGCAUUGAGAAUUUUAAUCUAAAUUUACUGGAAAUUCCAAGUUGAACCCUGUCACUAAAAUUCCACUUUGAUCAACUGUGUAAACUGACGAAUUUGGAGCAUUUCCUUAAGGCUGCUGUGUUCUGUGAAUAAAAAGAAACACUCAGCUCAAU